UGCGCAAAUCGGAGGGGUGGCGGCUGUACUCGGCGAGCUGCCGAGAGUCACGCGUUACGCAACCUGGAGGUGUGGGAGGCUGCGGGAGGGGGUGUCGCCUGGAAAUAAAGCCUGCCGACCUGCAGUCGGUCCCCCUGGCAGCAGUGCGAUGUGCACCCCGAACACGGCAUCAUGAUGGAGAAUAUUCAGAGGAAAGAGUGUCUGCGAUCGCCGGAGAAAUUCAUAUGCAGAGAGCUGAAAUAAACAAUCAUUCGUGAUUUACAGACGAUUAGUUCUGUAGAUCGAAACUAUCGGGCGAAUGGAUAUUUUCGGUGUCUUACAUGAAACUUGAGACUUGACUUUUCCUAAUCGGUCACCUGACAGGCAUCAAGUAAAAGUCACUCUUUUAACUUUACAGUAGGAAGCGCAAACACGCUGGCGAAGAUUAAUAACGGGUUGCAAAGAAUGGAAAAUUUUCAAUAACAUCCAAAAUGAAAUAUGUGUUACUGAGUUUAUGUAACCGGUAAAUCAAUUUGUCACACACAUUUAAUACUUAAGCCAUAAACAUUAAGUCUCCUGAUCGCAUGUGAAACGAAUGGCAACAACUACCCACUAUAAGAAGCACUGCAUGGUGACUAUUUCAAAAUAAACACAAAUUGCUUUUACGAUGCCCGUGGUGUGCAUCAAGCGAGCCUUUUAUGAACAGCAAUGAAACUGGUUACAGACGACCGUUCAGACGAGGAUGAUCGUGCGUGGGAAAGAAGAGGCCGCCGAGAAUCCUAUUGGUCACCAUUGCGCUACAAAACGAUGUCGGCUUUCUCCGACGCAAGGAUGCGCUUAGAAACUGGAGGAGCAGCCGGCAAGUAGGAGGCAUCCUCACUGCAGGAUCACCAUCCACUUUCCAUGUAUCCGCCACAGCGGACUCCUCCCUGGACGCCGCAAGAAGUUAAUCUUACGAUCCGAAGAUGACGAUCGCUGGCCCAUCGAUGAUGGAGAAGGGCUUCUUAAAGUGUUAAUUCAACGCAAUGGGACAAUGGUAUAUUUGCAGAAAAGGAGGAUAUGAAAGCCACUUUGAGACUGUCAUAGCGCUGGCACUACAAUUUUUUCGCCUUAAAGAAAAGCAACAGACCUAAGAUUACUUAAGUGUUAAAAAAAGACAUACCAUUAGAGUCGAGGACAUCUGCUGAUAUUUACGAUCGCUUACUGGAUUCCAGUUUAAUUACAAUUUCCCCAUAUUUGAACUGACCGCCAAAGGCUAUAAAAACGCGUUAAGGGGAGAAUAAAGUUUUAUCUUCCUUACUUCGGGUGUUACAGCACAGGACAAUGCGAAAAUAUACAAUUCCUGAAGAUAUUUUCCCAAGAAACUGCAUCCGUCCGACAGGUCCUGAAAAGGUUUAUAACUUUUACACAUGGAUUCGCAGAGCUCUUCACAAGAAAACUGGGGGCGCACUUCUUCUGCGACCUAACCGACUUCUUAAAUCUGUCUUUUAUCUUCUCGUCUAAUUCAUGCAUAUUUACUUUUGAAGAAAAAAAAACUGGAAUUACAAGAAAAAUAAAUCAAAGAAAUAAAAUUGGCGUUUCACUUGCAUCGUGAUACAUACAUAUUUUUAUGGACACUGAGCUAGAGGAAUCUCGUUUGCUCUUAUGGGAAUUAAGCACUCUUCACGUUGCUUGCUCCUUAGGAGAAAAAUGGCGGAGUCCGAGAGCACGGAGCAGCCCCCGGUCAGCCAUGCGCCACCGUCAUCCCAGUCGUCUCAGCCUUCUACGAUGUCCAAGCCAGUGCUGCCCGUCCACCACCUGACCCGCCCUCCACAUAUGCCCCACACCGCCUCCUUGCCCAGCUGCCCGGGCCGGGGCAAGAUGGCUAAGUUCGUCAACCCCGAGGAGAUGACAUCGCGAGACUACUACUUUGACUCCUACGCCCACUUUGGAAUCCAUGAGGAGAUGCUGAAGGACGAGGUGCGGACGCUGACCUACAGAAACUCCAUGUACCACAACAAGCACGUCUUUAAGGACAAAAUCGUUCUGGAUGUGGGCAGCGGGACGGGGAUCCUAUCUAUGUUUGCAGCCAAAGCAGGAGCCAGGCAUGUAUAUGGGAUUGAAUGUUCAAGCAUAUCAGAAUACUCAGAGAAAAUCAUCAAAUCCAACCAUCUGGACAAUGUCAUCACCAUCUUCAAGGGCAAGGUGGAGGAGGUGGAGUUACCUGUGGAGAAGGUAGACAUCAUCAUCUCAGAGUGGAUGGGAUACUGCCUCUUUUAUGAGUCCAUGCUCAACACCGUCAUCUUCGCCAGGGACAAAUGGCUGAAACCUGGCGGGCUUAUAUUUCCAGACCGUGCUGCUCUCUAUGUGGUGGCCAUUGAGGACCGACAGUACAAGGACUUCAAGAUCCACUGGUGGGAGAAUGUGUAUGGCUUUGACAUGAGCUGCAUCCGUAACGUAGCCAUAAAGGAACCCUUGGUAGAUGUCGUGGACCCCAAACAGGUGGUGACGAACUCCUGCCUGAUAAAAGAAGUGGAUAUCUACACGGUUAAGGCUGACGACCUGUCCUUCACCUCGGCCUUUUGCCUCCAAAUCCAGCGUAAUGAUUACGUCCAUGCUCUGGUCACCUACUUCAACAUCGAGUUCACCAAAUGUCACAAGAAGACUGGCUUCUCCACAGCACCAGAUGCACCAUACACACACUGGAAGCAGACUGUCUUCUACUUGGAGGAGUACCUUACAGUGCGCCGUGGCGAGGAGAUCAUUGGCAGUAUUGCUGUGAAACCCAAUGAGAAGAAUGUGAGAGACCUGGACUUCACUUUUGAGCUGGACUUCAAGGGACAGCUGUGUGAGGCGGCAAUCUCCCACGACUACAAGAUGCGCUAAGUGUCUGCCAGUUAGGGGGCAGAUUGUGCCAAUCUGGCAAAGGCCCUGGUGGGCCAAGGGGCUCUAAUACAUGAAGGAUGAGUCAGAUGGGAGGAUGGGUAUGGCCCCUAUAAGGUUAUUGGCAAGGCUGGCAAUGAAAGUAGUAAUUUCACUCUUUACCCUCACAAGAGUCUUGAGAAUAACAGUUUAUAUAGCUCUAUUAUUAUUAUUAUUAUUAUUAUUAUUAUUAUCGUAACAGAGUAAAUUUUGAAGCCCAGGUGAGGAACAUAGGUCUUUCUGAACAACCAGGGGACCCCUGGUUGUUUUCUUGUAUCUGAUUAAAUGAAUAAUUUGAAGGAAUUAAAUUGUUUAAAAGUUAUUUGCCUAAUGAAUUCUAUACCUUCCUCCCUUCGCAAGUCCAUGCAAAAUACAACAACAGGCAGUGUAACAUUUAUCUCAAUUUUCUGAUAAAGCUGCGAUGAUUCACACAUUUUGUGUUGAUUGCUUAGAAUAUCAUGGUAACACUUUACUUGACGGAGCGCAAAAACUUAGUAAUAACCGAAGUACAAAUCAUGAACAAAUAUAGUUGCUACCUGAGUUUAAAAAAUGUGUCAUGUUUCGUUAAUGAUGAACGAACGAGAUUAGUAUAUCACUUGUGUUAUUCAGUACUUCAUUAGUUUUUAUCAGAAGUUCAUAAAGGUUUACACAAUUAACAGAUAUAGUGACAAAUAUAGUAACUGUAUCUUGGGAUGAAAGAAGUAUAAUUCAUUAAUGAUUAACAAAUAUAUGAUCAGUGUUUAACUUGUUAUUCGUGACUUGUUCCUUCAGUAGUUCACAAACGUUUACAGAAUUAACAGAUACAGUAAGAAAUAUAGUAACUGCUUGAGACAAAGCAUGUGUCACAAUUCAUUAAUGAUGAAUUACCAUGAGACCAGUAUGUAACUAAGACUUAGUUUGUGAUUAAUUAAUACAUGUGGUUAGCACCCAGGUUCGAGUCUCCGCCUGGGUUACGUGUGUGGCGUUUGCAUGUUCUCCCGAUGUCGUCGUGGGGUUUCCUCCUGGUUUCCCCCACAGUCCAAAGCCAUGUUGAGGCUAAUUAGAGUUGCUAAAUUGUGAGUGUGAGUGCAUGGUGUGUGCAUGUGCUCUGUGAUGGGCUGGUCCUCCAUCCUGGGUUGUUCCCUGCCUCGUGCCCAUAGCUUCUGGGAUAGGGUCCGGACCCCCUAUGACCCAGUAGGAUAAGCGGUUUGGAAAAUGGAUGGAUGGAUGGAUAGUAUAAUACCAUGUGAUUUGUACCCCGUCAAGUAAAAUGUCACCAAUAUAAGUUAGAGUCUGAAGCAAGUGGCCAUUUGCAUGGCCAUUCCUUUAAAUAUGAAUAUGACUGAAAAAUUUUGCCAGUUAUGGCCACUAAAUAUGUCAAAUAAGAUGUUUAAACCAUGUAGUUGUAGGACUUGGCACAGAGAAACCUCUUUGCAAGGAAAUCAGUUAGAUAAGCGUGAACUCUUCUUUGAAGUUGCUGUAUUGGUAUUUUAGCCAUUUGGAGUAGGUAUGGGGGGUAUCUGGCUGAUGUUUUGUGGUCUUCCGGGACAGAACAGUGCGCUGAGCUGAUAGUACCCCACUGUGUGUGUGUGCCUCUGCUAUUGUCUGUUGGUGACAUGCCACUCCUCUGGUGUGCACUAGAGGGAGCCCUCUCCCCAUUUACGCACAAGCCCCACAUCCCCCUACGUCCGGCCCGUUCCAACCGUUACAGCAGCUUCUGCCUGUAGUAAUGUGCGUGAUACUAUGGGACUUGCUGUUCCGCUUAUUCUCCAGUGCGAAGUUUGGAUGAAUCUGGAAAGUAAAGCUAAGCAGUGCCCCCAGGAUCCCGUGGCUGCUGCUGCCAAUGGUUCCCACCAUGCAAAGGGGCCCCCGCCCUCAAAACUCGUUUCUGGGCAGACCAAUGUGCCCCUGGAGCCGCGAUUGCUCUUCUUCACCUGUGCUCUUACUGAAGUCGCUGCCAAGGUGAUGGCUGGAGAACUACACUCCAGACCAGCUGCAAAUUCCUUCAUAACUGUGAAAUACUGCACAUCCUCGAUGAAGAUAUUCUGGUUCCUUACCUGACACUGCAUCUCCAGUGAGCAGCACCUGUCGUUUCAGUCUUAAUGAAUAUUCAUGGGCAACAAGUUGACAAUUUAUUUUGAUUGCCAGUGAUGUCAAUUCCACACAUAUCAGUAGUGUUUAGUAUAAGAACCAAAUGACUGAGGUCUCGCUGCAAAUUAAUAUUCAGAAGCUUUGUUUGUUUUUUAAAAAAAAAAAACAAACACAGUGAUACUACGAAGAGCUAUUUCGCUUAUUAGUGUGAACAAAUUCUCAGGCUUUUGCGUUGGAUUAGUAUUAUGUGCUUUUGUAUUGAUUCUUAUUUAGCUAUUAUCAGAUUAGUGUAAAUCCUCAAAAUAGGGAUGUGUGAAAUCUGGAAUGUACUGUAAAUAAGUAUAUAUAUGCAUGCAUUACACUGCUGCUGUAAGUAAUAUCGUAGUCAGUAUUUAGAACUGUCAUGUCUACAGUAUAUGAUGAGCAGUAAUACAAAUCAAAGGAAUAUCAGUCCAUAUAUAUUUGUAUCCUUGUGAAUAUGUUUUAAGUGAAUAAAACAUUUCCUACA